AUGUCAGCUGUUUAUUUUCGUGCCGUGCACUUUGACAAUGGUAAGCAGUCCUUUCUUGAUCUGGUUUUGCACGUAAUGCCAACGUGGCAUAUGACAACACAACCGUCAGUACACGCGGCUGCUAAUGACACGGGCUCAAGCGACUUGGCCGACAACCUUGGUGUUUGCAAGAUGAUGAGUUUGCAUCACCACCAGUACAAGACAAUUGAGAACUUUGAGACGUUGGACAAGGCAAAGCUCUUCAUGCAGAACGUACCAGGUGAUAUGUUCCUGGAUGCAAAAGUACUGGAAGAUCGAAUGGCACGGGUGUUUCUCCAUGUGCAAACUUCCCGAAAGACACCCCGUGAGAUGUAA